AUGUAUUCAGUGCCCCAACAAACCCAAGAGAAAGAGAAGAAGAAGUGGAGACGUGUCCUGUGGAGCUUCCCUGCAGAGGACCUUCCCAUUGCCACCUGGGCCAACGUGGGCGACGGGAAAGGAGGGACAUGUGAAGUGAUAGCAGCACACAGAUGUUGUAAUAAGAAUCGCAUUGAAGAGCGGUCACAAACAGUAAAGUGUUCCUGUCUACCUGGGAAAGUGGCUGGAACGACAAGAAACCGACCUUCCUGUGUCGAUGCCUCCAUAGUGAUUGGGAAAUGGUGGUGUGAGAUGGAGCCUUGUCUAGAAGGAGAAGAAUGUAAGACUCUCCCCGAUAAUUCCGGAUGGAUGUGCGCUACAGGCAAUAAAAUUAAGACCACAAGAAUUCACCCAAGAACCUAAGGGAAGCAUUUGUUGUGGUAGUAAAGGAAAACCAACUCUGCGGAAAAUACAUUUUAAGGAUUUAAAACAUCUAACACAUUACAAGCCAAAUGGAUUUCUUAUUUGCACUUUGACUGGUUACCAGAUAAUCAUAAUACUUGUACUGUGUGUCACGAAGUAUCCCACAGUGAGAAGACUCGAAGCUUUUGGCAACACCACGGAAAGUGGAUUUAAAAAAAGAGUUUUCUGAAUGAAAAUUUUGGGGAUUACGAAGAACGAUCAACUAUCUUCUAAUUUGGAUCUAUAGUUACUUUGUACCAUUUGAAAUAUAUGUAUAUAUAUAUAUAAUAUUUUGAAAUAUUAUAUAUUCUCUUCAAGAAAUGAACAAUACCACAGUUUGAGGCGGCUGGUGUAACUUUUUGAGUUUUGAAUGUUUUGUUUUGUUUUGUUGCCAUUUCUUUUUCUAUCCACAAGGAAGACGUGCCCUUUUGAGAGUUCAAUAUGACACUCCCACUGGAAGGCCAGCUACAGGUGGACUCCUGGAAUCUGAGACAUCAUAACAAUAUGGAAUCAAGAGCUUCCUUCUGUUUCUACCAGAUGGCACAAGGAAGCACCUCGUCCUGUUUUAUUGCUGUUUACCCUGUGCAAUAAUAGCAUGCAAGCUUGGCUUACAUAACCAUACUUUAUAUUCAGUUGAUAUAUAAUAACCGUUCUAACCUCUUCCGGGAAAAUAUUUUUAGAACUACUAGCUUUUCCACAGAUAGGAAAAUGAGGAUUCUUGAGGGAGCUGCUCCACCAUGCUAUUAAGACUCUGGCAGAGUUAUAGUAGAAUAUGGAUCCCUGUAUUAAUAAGUUCUGUAAAUACAAUGUCUUAAGGCUUUGUAUAGCUGUCCUAGACUGCAGAAAUGUCCUCUGGUUAAAUCCAAAGUCUGGCAUCAUUAAGUACUAUAGUGCUGUAGCAACAAGUCUUAUCAUGGCACCUCUUUCUAUGUUUGAUUUGCUUUUUCUAAGAGUAUUUAGAUCUCUUCUGGUGAGAUAGGAAGACCAUUAAAGCAAUUAGGUUUCAGAAUGAUCUAUGUGACCAAAUGUUGGACAGCCCUAUUAAAGUGGUAAAUUAGUUCUUUCUAAA